CCCCCAUUAGUCACUCUACCACAGUUUCGCUCGAGCUCCUCCAUCCAUAUACAAAAGGAAGAAGCAUUUGUUGGCAGAAGCCAAGGUUGAGUGCAGGGGGGGACUGGCUCUGCAGGAGCACACACUCACGUUGCUCAAAGGAUUUAUUACCUAGCACAACUUAGAGGCAGCACUCAAAUAUCACCGGUGCACAGAACACUACUUUGCAGGAGCAGAGAGGAGAGCACACAGGACUGGGGACAGAGGUAGUUCUGAAAUCUUGAGGAAGAGAGAAACUUCAAGAUGUGGAAGAAGUCGAAGGUUACAGAUCAGACGGCCGUAGGGCAGGGUGGAGCAGAGGGUCAGCCUCCGAAGAAAAAAGGUAUCAAAAGGAGGUCGAAGGUGCCUGGGGUUAUGAUCACACAGUAUAUUGAGGAGCUGCCUGAGGGGAAAACUACUCCUGACUUCACCCGUAAACCCAUCGCUUUAACCAUUCAAGAAGGUAAACUAGCCAUCUUUAAAGCCAUUGUGAUUGGAGACCCUCAGCCCACUGUAACAUGGAAAAGGGCCAAUGGAGAAAUGAAUGAUCCAGAAAAGUUCCAGAACAAAUAUGACCCUACAAGUAAUGAACACACUUUAGAGAUACCCAAAGUGACCAGUGAUGAAGCUGACACAUACAAAUGCUAUGCUUUUAAUGAGUACGGAAAGGCUGUCUGCACUGUUGUCCUGAAUAUCAUUGAAGUUGGAUUCAAAAAGAGCAAAGAAAUGAAAAAGGCAGAAGGAACAGGGGAGGACCCAACAGAGUUCCGAAAGAAGCUUAGGCGCGGUGCUGGAAAAAAAGAGGAAAAAAGAGAGGGUGAUAUCGAUGACGCCGUGUGGGAUCUGUUAUUGUCAGCCGAUAAGAAAGACUAUGAGCAGAUAUGCAUUGAGCACGGCAUCACUAAUUUCCGUGGCAUGUUGAAAAAACUGAUUGAAAUGAAGAAAGAGAGAGAGGAAGAGCAGGCACAGUUUGUUAAGCAAAUUACCAACCUGAAACCCAUCGAGGUGAAAUCAGAAGAUGCAGCUUCAUUUGAACUGGACAUGGAACUCAAAGACCCCAACAGCCGCAUUUUCCUGUACAAAGAUGGUGUUAUGAUUCCAUACACCAAAGAAGCAGAAAGUGAAAUGAAGCAUUGCCUUAAACAAGUUGGCAAAAGGUAUAUGUUCACAGUGAAAAAUCUCAGUCCUGACGAUGCCGGCAUCUAUCAAGUGGAUGUUGAGGGAGUCAAUAUCUUCUCAACGGAUUUCAAGAUUCCCCCUGUGGAGUUUGUUGUGAAGAUUCAGGAAGUGAAGGCUGAAGAAAGACAGGAUGCGGUCUUCGAGUGUGUGACCUCUCUGCCCAUGAACCAGAUCGUUUGGACACUAAAAAAUUCUCCACUUUCCAACAGUGAUAAAUAUGAGAUUACCGUUUCUGAAGAUAAACUGAUCCACCGGCUGAAAAUCAUUGACUGUAUGCCUGUGGACGCUGGCAUAUAUGCUGCUUUGGCUGGUAUCAAGUCUUGUAGUGCUUGGCUUAUAGUAGAAGCUGACAAAGAUGGUGCGAAAGGCAAGAAGGUAGCCCGCAAAACCACUCAAGCUGGUGGCAGCUCAGACGACCUGGCUAAAAUCGCUGCCGAACAGCAGGAGAAGUACAAGAAGGAGAUGGCAGAAAAGCUGGAGGCAGCCAAGAAAGCCCAGGCUGAGAAGGAGGUGGCUGAAGCUAAGGCCAGAGCUGAAGCUGAAGCUGCAUAUGCGGCCGCGCAGGCCACCGCAGCUGCUAAGGCUGCGGCCGCUGCCGAGGCUGCUGAAGCUGCACUUGCUGCAGCGAAGGCCAAAGGCAUGUCGGAGCAAGAGGCCAAAGCAGCUGCGGAUGCUGCGGCAGCGGCUGCAGCGGCAGAAGCUCUGGCUAAAGCUGAGGAAGAGGCCAGGAGGCUGGCUGAAGCCAAGGCCAGGGAAGCAGGUCUGAGCGCAGAGGAGAUUGCUGAGGCUGGAGCUGCAGCUGCUGCUGCACUGGCCAAAAAUGCAGCUGCGGCUGCAGCAGGAACACUUGGAGCAGGUGGUGCUGGAGGAGCUGGAGGUGCUGGUGGAGCUGGAGGAGCUGGAGGAGCAGGUGGUGCUGGAGGUGCUGGAGGAGCAGGUGGUGCUGGAGGAGCAGGUGGUGCUGGAGGUGCUGGGGGAGGAGGAAUAGACUUGUUGGGGGAAGGUGCAGAUGCUGGGGGUGCAGCGGGAGGAAAAGAUAAGAAACGUGCAAGAGCAGGACAACUGGUGCCAGAAACCGUCGUAGGAAAGCCAAAUCAACCUGAAGCUGCCCCAGUUGCACAAACUGUGCAAAAAAAACAGCCAGAGAAGCGUGCUCGAGAGAAGCAGCGGCCACUGGUGCCAGACACUGCGAUUGCUGCCAAAGUUGAACAAACUGAUCAAACAGGACAGGCUGAGGGGAUCGCUCACGUGAAACAAAGCUCACUGGUGCCAGACACUGUGAUUGGAGACUCAAAUCAACCUGAAGCCGCCCAAGCUGAACAAACUGAGCAAACAGAACAGACUGAGAAGCGUGCUCGUGUGAGGCAAGGCCCUCUGGUGCCAGACACUGUGAUUGGUGGAGGUAAUCCACAUGGGAACCCACAUGGAAACCCAGGCGGUAAUCCACAUGGCAACCCAGGCGGUAACCCACAUGGAAACCCAGGCGGUAAUCCACAUGGAAACCCAGGUGGUAAUCCACAUGGCAAUCCAGGCGGUAAUCCACAUGGAAAAACAGGUGGUAAUCCACAUGGAAACCCACGAAGCCACACCGGCGGUAAUUCAGAUGGUAAAUCAGGUGGAAAUCCUCAUGGAAACCAUGGUGGUAACCAAGGCGGGAACCCAGAUGGUAAUCCAGGUGGUAAUCCAGGCGAGAACCCAGAUGGGAACCCAGGUGGGAACCCUGGAGGUAGCGCUGGUGGUAGUGCCGGUGGUGGUGCUGGUGGUAAUCCAGGCGGUAACCCAGGAGGCAAUCCACACGGUAACCCCGGUGGAAAUCCAGGAGAUAAUCCAGAAGGUAACCCAGGUGAAAACCCCGAAGAGAAGAAACCUGGCGCAGAGGGGACUACACCUGAAGGAGCUGAGGGCACUCCUGAAAAAUCAGAUGGGGCUGGCAAGCCUUCAGGCCGCACAAGAGAAGGCCCAUUGCUCCCAGAGACAGUAAUUGAUCCUGGUGUUCACUUCUCUGCUGGUCUGGAAGAUUGCAAGGCUAUUGUUGGGGAGGCGGCAGAGCUGGUCUGCAAACUCAGCAGUCAAGACUGUAAGGGUGUCUGGUACAAAGAUGGAAAGGAGAUUGGUGAUUCCACUGAGGGAAUGACCAUCAGCAAAGAUGGUGCUACUCACAAACUGAAAAUCCACAAAGUGACAGAGGAAUUUUCUGGAAAAUACAAAUUUGAAGCUGAUGGCCGUAAAACUGAAGCUGUGAUUGCUGUUGAGGAUCCUCCAAGAUUUGACUCCAAGGAACUCGAAGAGUUUGCCGCACCAACAGUGAUCAAAAACAAUCAAAAAGCUACAUUCAAAAUCCCAUUUAUUGGUCGUGAGCCAGUGAAGAUACAGUGGUACAAGGAUGGCGAGGAACUUGUACCCGACACAAACUGCAAGAUUGAAAUUUCUGAAGGCCAAAGCAGUCUUCUUAUGACCAAACUGCAGCGCAAAGACACCGGAGAAAUUAAGGUUAAAAUUAAGAACGAGUUCGGCACAGUUGAAGCUGUUACUAAUCUAGUUGUUCUGGAUAAACCUACACCACCCCUGGGACCUCUGGAAAUAGUUGAAGCUUCAUCAAACUGCGUUGAGAUCAAAUGGCGUCCACCAAAAGACGAUGGCGGUUGCCCAAUCGCUCAUUAUUUCCUUGAGCGCAAUCAGGUUGGUCGCAACACCUGGAAGAAGAUCGGUCAAAUUCCUGGUGAAGCUCACUACAAAGACACUGAUGUAGAUCACGGUAGAAGGUACUGCUACCGCAUCAGAGCUGAGACCCCUGAGGGCAUCAGUGAAUUAUAUGAGACAGAGGAUGUCCAAGCUGGUACUAAAGCGUAUCCUGGCCCACCUUCUGCUCCUAAAGUCGUCAGUGCUUUUAAGGACUGCAUCACCCUCACGUGGACUCCGCCCACCAACACUGGGGGUACCAACCUUUUGGGCUACAAUGUAGAGAAGCGCAAGAAGGGCAGCAACUUGUGGGGACUUGUUCAUCCACCAGAGGAACCUGUUAAAACCAAGAAAUACGAUUGUAAAGACGUUAUUGAAGGAAUGGAGUACGAGUUCCGUGUGGCAGCAAUCAACAUAUCUGGUGCCGGUGAACCAAGCACACCAUCGGAGUUUGUGUUUGCCAGAGAUCCAAAAAAGCCUCCUGGUAAAGUCAUUGACCUGAAAGUGACAGACUCCACAUAUACCACUCUGUCCCUCACUUGGACUAAACCAAAAGAAGAGAAGGGAGUACAGGAUGAAGCCAAGGGAUAUUUUGUUGAAAUCAGACCUGCAGAGAGCACUGAAUGGGAUCGCUGCAAUACUAACGCCAUUAUCAUGACCUCCUUCACUGUGAAGGGAAUGAAAUCCAUGGCUAUGUACUGGGUCAGAGUGGUAGCUUUUAAUGAAGGUGGGCUGGGAGAACCUCAAGAGCUGGAUAACUAUAUUCUGGCUAUGCCUCCACCUGUGAGACCAAAGUUUACAGACUCAAAGAUGAAGAGCUUCAUGGUUGUCAGAGCUGGAAAUUCAACACGAUUCAACGUUAACUUUGUGGCUUCUCCAUGGCCUGAUGUUAUUUGGCUGAAGGAUGGAGUACCAGUCUCCAAGCGCGUCACUGUUAGCAAUGCUGAGGGAGGCUCUCAAAUCCUGAUCCCAUCUGCAGAGCGCUCUGACAGCGGAAUCUACACCAUCAUCGUCAAGAACAUUGUGGGCCAAGAGACCUUCAGCACUGAGAUCAGAGUGACAGAUGAGCCCAAGCCUCCAGGCCCUGUGGAUCUGGAUGAGAACGUGCCAGGCACUGUGACAGUAACCUGGACGGCAUCGCCAGACGAGAAACGGGACGAUCGUCUCCACUACAUGGUGAUGAAGAGGGACUCCAGCAAGAGGACCUGGCACACGGUGGCCGACCGCAUCUUCAACAACAAGUUCACAGCCUGUAACAUCAUGCCAGGCAGAGAAUACCAGUUCCGGGUCUACGCCAAAAACGACAUGGGACAAUCUGCCCCUUCAGAGUCCCAAAAGUGGCUCAUCACUGAGAAGAAAGAGAAAUUCACGCUGGUUUUGCCUGAAUCUAAAACCUGCAACCUCGAGAGACCUCCUAAGUUCCUGGUCCCCUUAAAGCUGCACACAGCUCCAGAAGGCUACGAGUGCUACAUGAGCUGUGCUGUGAAGGGCAACCCCACACCCCACGUCACCUGGUACCGCAACAACGUCAGCAUCAACACAAACACAAACUACCACAUCACCAACACCUGUGGGGUCUGCUCCAUGCUCAUCCUGAUGGUGGGGCCCAAAGACACAGGAGAAUACAAGGUCGUUGCUGAGAGCCCAUUAGGAAGAGCAGAGUGCUCCACCAAACUCACAGUCAGAGAAUAAAAGACUAACCUGGACAAAGACAAGAUGGUUUACCUCUAACAAGUCCAAAGAAGUCUUCAUAGUUGUUCAUUUAUUGAUUUUUUUUGUUUUAUGUAGAAGUAACUUAUUGUACAUUUUAUAAACAAAUAUUUCUUCACGUGUAUUAUGGUUCAUUAAACACACUCGUGUGGGUUGCAAACAACAUAUCUGACAGCAUGUAAGGUCAUGCACUGCUCUGAUUAUUUAGAUUACUGAUGCAAGUCUUAGUUGUCUGUAUUUAUUUAUUUUUUCUUUUAAACUAGCUUUUUUCUUUAUUUUCUUUGGAAGAAAGAGUUGAGUUUAUCUUUUUAUUAAGCAGUGUGACUGCCUUCCAGUGCUUUACCUCUCAAAUGAUUGGCUGUAGUGCACUGAUUAAAACAAAAUAUUUAUUCUCUUUUUUCCUUUUAACCCAUAAGAGCCCAGACUCAAUUCUGAAUAUUGUUAGAAAGUUCAAAAUGGAAUUAGAAAAAUUCAGCUCAUCGUUUUUUUUUUUUUUUUUUUUUAUAUUUUAAGGCUAAAAUCCUGAUAAAACAUAAAUCACACAACAACAAUUUCAUUACGGAUAUUUAUAGAAACCAGGUCAAAACGUAAUUAGCAUUUGAAUGGUUAAAUAGUUGGAACCUGUAGAAGCUAAAAAAAAAAAAAAACUAUCCCAGCACUCCAACAUUCAGUAAAUAAGGUUAAAUACAAAAAAACACACACAUCCACACACUGUGCUGUAGUGAUGCGAUCAGGUUGUUCAGUGUGUGUCAAUUAGGAACUUCAUUAGUUAAAAUAGGUCUGUGAUACACGUCACCAUUGGCUCUUUUGGGUUACCGUAAUUGUAUGUUUUUUUUUUUUCCUUUCUGCAGUUUUAAAUCAUAACGCACUGAUGAUUUAAUGUUGUUUGACUGUAUAACAACAAUAAUAAAAGAGUAUCUGACAAUAAAAACAAAUACAUUUGUGUUGGAUCAUGAAAAACUUGGUGUAAAUAAACCAUUGUACCUAAUGAAA